AGCGUUCUCCCCCUAUAGCGCGCGCAAGUACCAGUACUCAAGCCGAUUUAGGGGUGCUGGCUCAAUUGGAAAUUUACGCCUUGCAACUUUUCGAUAACCUCCCACUCACUCAUCGGGACGAAACGUUGACCGCCUUGUCAAGAGAAUGGACCACGAAAUAAAACCUCAAUCAGCACUCUCGUUUCUUGCGGACGAACUUUGGGUUCACGUUUUAGGUUUCCUUUCUUGCAGAGAUAUUCUUCGUUGCACAUCCUUCUCGCAGGUAUGUAAGGCCCUUCACCAGAUAUACAUGUCCUCUUCAGAGCUCCAGUACAUCGUCGAACUCAGCGGCCAAUGCUUGCUCCCCGGCAUCUCCAGCACGCUCGAACGCUUGAGGGAUCAAGCCUACGCAUGGCUCAAGUUUGAUGUCUAUGCUUUCCAAACAGUUAUCCCAUCAACAUCGCUUGCUGACAGGCAAAAAUACGUCACUGGUGGUGAACAUCUGUACGUGUGGAAUCCCCGUAACAACUUGAUCACCAUCAGCUCAAUACCAUCCAAACUCUCACAACGAACAAUCGAACACCACUGGUCAUCCAGAACGUUAUGUCCAUUUCAUGGGGCGGAGAGGCGGAUUGUAUUGAUGGACCCGGCACAAAAUUUAUUCGCCAUCAUGUAUACUGUUUACGAGAUGACCUACAUUUACUUAGCAACUCUGGAUGAUGGUUGCGUCCACCCUCACGCUGCCGGACCAGCGCUAGUUCUGGAGUUGCCUGGAUCUGAGUGGCAAUCGAAGCUCCAGUGCUAUGGGAGGCAUAUUGCUGUAUGGCGUGAAUUUUACACUGGUGGAGUUGAGACUUCAUGGCCUUUUGCCAGUGACCGUGUGUGGCAGCUGCAAAUUUGGGACUGGCAGCACUCGACAACAUCAAGCAGUGUCCUCAACGGCAGCAUGCAAAAUACAUUUCUCACCCCCACUAGUUUUUGUUUUCUCGGAAACGACAGGUUGCUCGUUGUCGCCGAUGAUUUGAAGUUGUAUUCGAUCAAGGAUAUGCCCGAGACACCACGAUUGCUGGCAUCUUUCCUGUUGCUUUUCCCGUUGGUGGACACAGAACAUUACCUUCCGGCUCUGCAUGGCUCACAGCUGCGGACGCAAGCUCAGUCGAUGUACACCUCAGACCCUGAACAUAGACUGCUAUGCCUUACCUCAUCGAUUGAUAAACGAACGAUCUGCCUCAUCUCCACGAAGAUUUUCUUUGACAUCGACGAAGCGACGGCAAUAACGCCGAUACCAUGGAAUGAUUGGGGCCCUGGACAUGUUCGUGUUGUUGAGCGGAAAGCGGCACACGUGUCAAUUACUCAUGUCAGUGGGAAUCGAGUUUUGUUGGCGGACAAGAUGGGACAUGACUACUAUAAGUUGCGUAUGAAUCAUGAUGGACUUUAGCCCGCUGGCCGUGACGAAUAGGCGGGGUCUAGGACGAGUAGUGAAAGAGCGAUCUACUGUGACGGUAGCGGUCCAACGUGAUCCCAAUUUGGAGUGGGACGAUGAAUCAAAGUACUACCACUCGACGGUUGAAACGGCUCUGCUUUACGUUGAGGUAGUAUCGGAUAGGAAGAUUAGUGGGCUGUUGCAGGAUGUUUGGAUGGAUGGUGAUAGGAUCUAUUUGCUCAGGCUGCUACAUCUAACUUCCCUCGCUUUCC